AAAAGUACAAAAUCGGUAGGCGAGGACGUGGUAAAAAAACAAACGAUGGUCAACAAAACAGAAAUCAAUAAUCGGUGGUCGGUAAACAGGCUUGGAUCGUAACGUGUAAUCAAUCAAUGUAAAUGCUCAAGCGCUGCGUUGAUAAACAAGAAGCAGACAAUUUCGCGAAGAACCGUAGUGCGACUGGGCUAUAAAUGCGGGUGUAGACAGGUGUAGACAAUUAGUUUAGAGAGCAGAAAGGAAAUGAAAAACAGGUGCGAUGGAUGACGAGUUUAACAAGGUAAUUAGUAUUCGUUAGUAAUAAACCUAUCCUGCCGUAGCAUUAGUAAAUUAGUAAAUGACAUGCACGAGAAACGUAAGGUAACAUGAACACAUAAUUCGUUUGUUAGUUCUACCCAAUCCUGAUCUAGCGUUAGUAGUUUUAGUAAAUAGACAAAUGGAAACAAUUAGGGUGUGAAUGACAGAAAGAGAGAGAGAGAAAAGGCGGAACACAAGGUUUGCGAAAAGACGUGUAAAAGUGUAUGUUUAAACAGUAAUCAGUCUACGUAACAAUAAACAUAAAUCAACAUAACACAAAACGAAACUAAGAUGAUAACCACUCAACGUAACAAGGUAAUAUAAUUGUAACGAAACAUAACUAGACAUGACGAGAAAAUAAAUCGUAACAAGAAAUAAACUAAACAACAUGACGAACCUAGACUAACAUAAGACAUGAUAAGACAAUACGUGACUAAGAAAAAAUGAAUAAACAUAAAACAUGGCAAGACAGACCUGAAACGUGACAAGUAAACGUCAUACAAUGUGCUGAUGGUAAAUAAAGUGUAUGACUCUAUUGUAAUAUAUAACAAUGUGUUUUUUAAUUUAUUUAAUUCAAUCCAAAACCUUGUCCGAAAAUAUCAUUAUUACCUUAUUUUGUUGUUCAGUUGGAACGAUUCCCGACAACGUUGUAGUAUACACGAAACAUAAGCUACAGGAACUGAAACAUUUUGUUCAUAUUAAUAAAAUAUGUUCAAAAAUAUGUUAUACGAUAUGAAAAGGAGUAUAUCGAGUGUGACAGAAGCAUACAAAAACGGCCAUAACUUUAUUUGGACAAAGGACUCCUGGGAAAACGGGGGACACACAAGAAGGGCGGAGUUUGUAUCCGAGACUGCCGAAAAUGACAUACCUACUAAACAAAACGAGUAUAAAUAAGAUUACUGUCCCGGAUCGUAUACAGUUCUAAUAGCCCAGGAACAUUUUCAUGUAACGAGAACGUACUAUUCAGAGCAUUAUGAUUCCAACAUUUAUACGUGCGAUUAUAACCAGAUUAUCUUUCAUCAUAUUAUCACUCAUCGCUAUAUGGCGAGUGAAACACGUUAAAAAUGAUAAUCGUUUUUGGUUUCUGACAUUUCUCUGGUUGCCUCUCAUUGUGGAGAUGAUAAUAAAUUUAAAAGUGAGAAUGGGAAAAGACUACAAAUGGUUCUCACCGACUAUCCUGCUGGUUCUCAUCACCAUUAUACCGCCAAUCUGGAUAUUGGAACUGCACCAUCGGCAUGACGAAAAGCUUGAAAACAAGCUUUCCUGGCUACCGGACUUCCCGCAUGGUGUACCGACGACGAGACUGCCUUCUCCCUCGUGCAAGAAAUUGGAUUCGUGGGACAGUGUGGAAAAGAUGAUGUCUUCCAAUGACACCGUGCUCAAGCAAGUCAAAGCACUGCAGCAUAAACUCUGUCCUGAUGACUGGAUUCUGGGGCUGCACCAAACAUUAAUCAUCCUGCUGAUUCUGGGGAAAUGGGCGAUGCCACAAGCGAACGACCUCACCAAGGACAAACUCCCCCAGCUCCUGCUAAUUUUUGUUGGUUUGGGUGCAGACAUCCUGGAGUUCACCAAUGAGACGCUCUCGGAUAUCAAGGAGAAUAACCCACAAAUGGCGUAUGCAAUUCUGGGAGUUUGGACAUGGAGUAUGCUGCAGUUUACACUGCAUCUGGCAGUGGUGUCCGGAUCCAGAUCGGUUAAGUCCCCUGCCAGUCACUGCCUGCUCUCCAAAAGCACCACCGACAUGUGGAGCAUCGCGGAGAGCAUCUUCAUCCAGGACGGUCCCUUCCUUGUGGUUCGACUCAUAGUCCUCAUCCGCUACGAGAUACUCCAUCAAAUGCUGGUGUUCUUCACCUUCAAGAACUUACUGGUGGUCACCCUGAAUAUAUACUGGUUCUAUGUCAUCUGCCGUGAUAGAGGUAGCACUCCUACUUCAACUCCUAGAGAUAGUAUCAGCGUCCCCUGCAAUACAGAUGACGCUUUGGAGGACGACCCAACUCCCAUAAAUAAUACCAGCAUUAUUUGCAAAACAGAUGAAGCAUGAUAGGACUACAACUCCCAUACAUACAGUACUGUGCAAAGGUCUUAGGCACCUGUAUAACAUUCUAUACAGAUAAGAUUCUUUCAAAAAUAAAAAAUAAUUAAAUGAAAUGUCCUAAAUAAACGUACUGUACAUUUUACAUUACAUUUUACUAAUUUGGCAGGAUAGAUAGAAUCAAAUCAAUAUCCUUCCUUCGGCAUUAAAACUGCAUCACUUCUCUGAGAUAGCCAACGCUGUCCUGCAGUUCUAUAAGACAAUCAGCAGGGAGGUUGUUCCAAGCAUGUUGGAGAACUUCUUCUGCAGACUUUGAUUGUUUUUAUGUAAAAACUAGUCAAUGGCUUACAGUAAUAUGUUACUUUUUUAAAUAAAGAAAUGUCUCUGUAAAAUUAAAUCCUUUGGAAAAUGAAUAUGAUGGAUGAGGAUGACGUUCAAGGACUUUAGAUUUUUUUAUUGAAGCAUUUCUGAUAAAAUGCCAAGGGUACAACAGGAACCCUCUAGCCGGGUAUCUCAAAAACCAGAUUAGGUGGAAUAGCUAUGUCUUUAGUUGCUGCAAUUAACCAUUUAAUUAUGUCAGAGUAACCAAAAAAAAAAAAAAAAACCCGUCAUUUCUUUGAUUUGUAAUCUUUAAAAUUUAUCUUAAAAUUUCUGAGUUACUGAGUUUUCUGAGUUGUUCAAGUCAGAAACAUUUAUAAUGUCCUGAAAUGUGAAAAUGUGAAGUAGGGAUCUACCUUUCUAUCUUUCUAAUGUUAUAUUGCCAUUUCUAACUGCAGGAACUGAAUAUCGUGCACUGAUAUUGUCUAUGUACACCUUUGGUGAGAGGACUGGAAUAAAGUAAAGUAAAUCUCUUCUUAAAUGACCAGUACUGCAGUUAACCAAGGUGGAAACAUGACCUGUAGAUCUCAGUCAUUCCCUCUACAGAAAAUAAUACAGGAAGAACAAGCUUAAGCAUAACAGCUCUGAUUUCUAGUUUUCGACAUGAAUGAAUUCUUUAGCCUUCUCUCUUGUGGUUUUGAGCAUGUGUACAUAUGUGUGCAUGUGCGUGUAUGUGUGUGAUUUCUUACAUAACAGCAAUAAAGAAUAUUAUAUUUAGCUAA